AUGGCAAUCGUCGCAGUCGCAGGAGGUACCGGUAACGUGGGCCGCGCCGUUGUUGAUGCAAUUGUGGCCACCGGCAAGCAUCAAGUUAAGGUCCUUGCCCGAAAGGCCAAUCCCGAUCUUGAGGCAGAAAUCGGCGUGCCCAUUAUCCCCGUCGACUAUUCCGACGUCGAUGCCCUCGCCAGAGUCCUCGAAGACAACAACAUCGACACCGUGGUAUCGGGAAUCGCCAUGCACAGCGCCGACGGAACUAGGCCAAGCGAGGUCGAACUGAUCCGAGCUGCCGAUCUAUCCAAAACCACCAAGCGACUGGUCUCGAGCGGGUGGGGCGUGCCUGUGGAGGACGAACGCACCGGCACGAUCACGUCGACACUGCACAAGAUCAAUGCCAAGAAAGAGUUGCAGAAGACCAAGAACCUCGAGCAUACCGUCUUCCACGUCGGUUACUUUAUGGACUACUGGGGCUUCCCUGGUGUCAAGUCCUACAUGGCCCGAAUGCCGCUGGUGUUCUGGCUGGACAUGGUCAACAACGCGGCCGCCAUCCCCGGAUCCGGCAACACGCCCAUCAUUUUCACCCACACCUCCGAUGUCGGCAAGUUUGUUGCUGCCAGCCUGGACCUCCCCAAAUGGGAACCCGAUACAUUCGUCUACGGCGACAGAGUGACGUGGAAUGAGUUUCUUCACUUGGCCGAGGAGGCUAAAGGAACCAAGUUCAACGUCGCCUACGACAACGAGGAGAAACUCAAGCUGGGCCAGACGACUGAACUUCCUGGUCAGGUGCCGCUGUACGCCUUCUUUCCCAAGCCAGCCCUGCAUGGCAUGGCCGCCGCUUUCGGUCUGUGGUUCGAGGGCGGUGUCUUGGACAUGAAACCCGCAAGCUUCUUGAACGAGACUUUCCCGGAGCUCAAGCCGCUAGGGGUGAAGGAGAUGCUGGACAAGUCGUGGAAGAAAUAA